CCGUUUCCUGACUGAGCCAGCUCAGGUGUGAGCGUAUAUAUAGCUGGUUCCAGGCAGGGGACAAAGCACACUCAGCUGAUCCUCCCAACGACAACAUGAAGCUCGUACUCCUCGCUUGUCUGGUCGCCCUGGCCACCGCUGCCCCUCGCCCUGACAAAGACGCUGUGAUCCUAGCAGACCAGCGCCAAAUAGGACCAGAUGGAAGCUUCAUCUUCAAUUAUGAGACCAGCAAUGGAAUCGCGGAGGAUAGGGCGGGCAACCCGGGGGUAGAGGGCCAGAUCAACAUGCAGGGAACCUACUCCUUCACUCAUCCUGACGGCACCGUCACUGUGGUCAACUUCGUUUCUGAUGAGAACGGCUACCGUCUUAUUUAGUCCUCAAGACGUCGCCCAGCCCCAGCUCUUGCACCUACCGGCCCUAUCAUCUGUCGUUACAUCCCGACAAUGAAUGACCUCUUCCUGAGACGUCCAUUGUCGUCCUGUUUAACACUUUACCCACUGAUUGUCUUUCAUCAUAUGUUGAGGAUUCUUCCAGCCUCGUGAACAAUGUCAUAAUCUCUGAACAAUUAAGUCUGUUAUAGUUG